GAUUGUUACCCCCCUCGGCGCGCAAGAUGCAUUGUAGACAUGUUUGAUACACUCAGUGCCGAAAUUCAACGUUGGAAUAUCAUUUGUGCGUGCUCGUUGUGUGCGGUGUGGCUCGCGGGUUUCCUGACGGUCUACUCUGCGACGGCGUUCGUCAUUCUGUGGAGUGGAGUGAAUUAUUACCUGCACAGGCGGGAGGAAAACUUGCGCCACCGUCUAUCGAUACUAGGCUUAAUAAAGCAUGACAAACGUGAGCGGAGAAGACGAAGCGAGAUCUCGCAACGCGCGGUUUGUGCGAACAGUGCGACACCGUCGCGGUUCGGCAGUGUCUCAUUCGACUAUUCGCGCGUGACACCCGGGAAUAAGUUUGACACCCCUUCGCGCCGCAGCGGCGAGCUGAACUGCGGUGCGUACGGCCUCUCUUCAAGUCCGGUGUUGAUGAGUAAAACCAAUAUUCUCAACCGAUCGUGCCAAAGUACUUCUACGCCGGCGCAUGGGAGGAGGUCCCACCUUGACUGGCUCCCAGUCACCACCCGGAGGCACCCAAUCCAGCAGGAGAAAUACUCCGUGGGGAGCUAUCCAGUGGUGUGUCUCAACAAGUCUCCGCUGCCACUGGCCAAACCAUUUUCAUCGCCAGAACUGAUACCAGCAGUGAAGGUCAAGAUCCUGCCUCUGACAACGUCCCACGUGCAGAACCAGACGUUCGGCCACCCAGCAGCCAGUGCUGAAGCUGACAAGCAGGAUCCGUGCUCCACUGAGAGUGUCAUCCAAGCUCUCAAGGAGAGGAGGAAGCGGGCGUACCAAGAUGGCCUCGACUCGACAGGCCUCAGCCCCAGCCAGGUGCAGAGCAGCAAGCGAUCGCGGCGUGAAAGCCUCUGCCUGCCACAGAUGCCGCCAUUCACACCGGUCGUGACGUCGGUGGGCGGGUUCGGGCCUCCCUAUCUGGGCUCACCGAGCAAGAACGCGGUGGUGCGGGGCCCCGUGCCUUCUUCCCUGGUGCCGACACCCGAGGCGACCUUCAAGCGAGGCCGCCUGUGUUCUACAUCAAGUCCUCCGGGCUCGGCCAAGCGGCAUCGCAACAAUGCCAUUGCCAUCUCCUACUGCUCCAGCAAGGGAAUCCUGCAGCAGGCAAGGAACAGCCAGUCCCAGAAGCGGAAAGCUGUGCCGUCUGACUCGACUCCACUCUCAAAGCAGACCAGAAAGGAGUACAGGGGAUCUCAGUCGGAUGAGGAAGAGUCGACGGAAAAGAUAGAGGACAGCAGUAAAGAAAAUGAUCUUCCCUCGGAAGGAGAAGUGUCGAAAGAGUCAUCAGAAGGCGAGUCUGUUGAUUCCUCCAAGCUGAGGAGCAGAGUCAAGCCCCUUGACUGGAGCACGAUUGAAAAGAAGAAGCUGGUGUACCCGGAGCACAUUGCGACCCUGAAGGAGCACGAGAAUGACCAGGCCCGCGAUAAGCAGCGGCUCAACCGACUGUUGGGUGGGCUGCAGGACGUCAGUGACCAAACGAAUGCAGAGAAGACACCAGUUACUACUCAGGCCGAUGCAGCGAAACCCUCCACCCUGGAGAAGACAGCUGGCCUCCCUACAUUUGGCAUUCCAGCUGCAGCCACUUCAAGUGCGACUCUGGUGCAAGGGCUGACAACCAAUACAGUGUCGGUGAUCAGCAGCCCCGUCAUGAGCGCGUCGUCCACUGUUGCUUCGCCGCCCCAGCCAGCCGAGGAGAAAAAUCCACCUGCUCUCAUUUCUACGCCAGCCACCACCACGGAUACGUCCGUUGCAUCCGCCGUACCAACAGCAAGCACUGCCAUAGUAGCACCGAAACCUCAGUUCGGUGCUGGCUUUUUCAGCUCGAGCUCCACCACUACCGCGAGCACGACUGCCUCGGAAGCAGUCACGCAAGUUGCACCAGCAUCACUGCCUGCGACCGCAGCUUCCGCUGCGGCAAACCCGUUAUUGGCUGCCUUGGCGAAAUUCACAUCCCCAAAAGCUACAGAGGCCACCACAGCUGCCUCUCCUGCUGUGUCCCAGUCCUUGCCAACCCCAACCAUCUCGGCUGCAUCCCUUCCGUCGCCACAGACGUCUGCACUGUCUCUGCCUAUCCCAUCGGCAUCCGCUGCUGUCACUGUUCCUGCUCCCGACGCGGUGAAACCGGCAGCUGGAGGCUUUGUUUUUUCGGGGCCAUCACUCGGAGGCAACAAGCCAAUUUCAAGUACACCUUCAAUCGCUCCAGCACAGCCGUGUUUCGGAACGGCGGUGGGCACGACUGCUGUGCUGCCAUCAAUGCCCAUGUUUAAAGCCAACAACACGAACACCACCGUUGCAAGUGCCACUUCACCGACUCCGGCGCCUUUCCAAUUUGGCUCCAACACGCAAGUAGCGAAACCAACUACAUCGCAGGGCUUCUUGGUCACUGCAUCGUCGUCGCCGGAGCCAUUCAAGUUUGGCUCGAGCGGAGGGCUUGCUGCAUCUGCUACCACAACAAACACCACGCAGGCCGCGAGCCCAUCAUUGGGGGGGUUCAAGUUUGGCACGGUGACACCCGUUGGCCCUCAAGUUUCGGCAUCCUUGUUGCAGACAUCUACUUCGUCGUUGAGUGGGUCAGGCACGAGCAUGUUCAACUUUGGGGCUGGCGCUGCGCCGAAAUCAACUGCAACACUGUCAGCACCACUCUUUGGUUCAGUGGCUGCGCAGGCUCCGGCCACGGCAACAACGGGUAUUGGCACUCAGCCUGCCAGCAGCGGCUUCACAUUUGGAGCCGGUGCUUCGGCAGCCAGUAGCACCACCGCGACUACGCAAGCCGGGUUUUCUUUUGGUGCAAGUAGUGCCGCUGCUGCCUCAUCUGGAAGUGGUCCGGUCUUCAAAUUCGGCACACAGGGGCAGCAACCGCAACAGGCAACCGCUUCGGCUCCGCUUUCAACGGCGACGACAGCCGCCUCGUUGUUUUCGGGAGCGCCAUUCAAGUUUGGGACGCCCGUUCCGAAGCAGGACGCGGCGCCUGCAGUACCGCAAUCGUUCAGCUUUGGGGCGGCAAGCACCACACCUGCUGCUCCAGCAAAUAGCACACCUUUCGCGUUCGGAGCAAGCAGUUCUGGGCCAGCAGCUGCCAGUACCUUCGCAUUCGGCGCGCCUGCCACUACAACUGCACCAAGCGCUGCGCCGUUCUCCUUCGGGGCUGGCACUACCAGCACGCCCGCUUUCCCACAGUCGAGCGCCACUUCGCCGCUCUUCCCCAGCGCAGCAUCCGUCGGCCAACCUUCUGUCGCGGUGGCUCAGCCUGGUGGAUUCCAGUUUGGUGCAUCACAGGUGCAGAACGCGUUUGGUGCAGCCACCAACGGCUUGAGCAACGGCAUCUCAAGUGGCGCAGCCCAGCCCAGUGUUGCAGCUCCAGGACUGUUCAAGUUUGGUGCGGCCAACAACUCGUCAGUGCCGGCAUUCAACUUUGGAGCGUCGCAGUGUGGAACCAAUGCCACUCCAAAGCCAGCUUUCAACUUUGGUGCUCCAGCAGCCACCAGCAACCUGUUUUCUAUAGGAACGACUUCGUCGCACAGCGAGCGACCACUUGCAAGGCCACGAAGCAAGCGCAUCACGAAGAAGUGACGGCACUUAGACACAUCUGGGAGGAGGGGAAACAAAAUAUCAUCUGUACAAAAUUCCAUCUGUUCCCAUUGAACGGUUUUUAAAUGCGCGCAGAUUGUGUAAUUAACUAUAGGUGUGAUUAUCACUGCGAGGUUUGAGGCAUCGCAUCUCGUUGGCUGGGGCCAGAGUUUGUGGUCCCAGCACUGUUUCUUGCCUUUUUGGAGAGUUUAUUAUGAAGCUGCCACAGAUCUGUACAUAAGUAGUAGUAGUGAGGUUUUAAAAUGAAAUGAGAUUUUUUUUCCCCUCAAGCAAGGAAAAAUAAACAGAGAAGACUUUUGUUGUAAGAAAA